AUCAUCAUCAUCUCGUUCGUCCUUGACCUAGUGUUUAUUGAAGGACUGACGAGCAUGGACAUGGAUGAGUUCGUGAUGAUUCUGACAUUCCUGCUGCCGUGGCGAAUCCUGAGGGUGUUGAACAGUCUUAUCGUGGCUGUCCUGGACAAACAGAGACUUAACCUGAAGGAUCAUCUACACACAGAAGAAGAAAAAUCUCCCGGACCUUGUCUGAGGUCAACACAAAAACUAGAGGUCAUGCAGAGGCACGUAGAAGUGUUACAAAACUUGUGUCAGUCUCGGGGGAUUGGAGAGUACGAGGUGAAACGAGCAUUAGGGGCGGACCUAGGAGGUGCAAAGAACGGCAGCAGUGGCGGACUAGCUAGCAUGAUGGCUCUCGGUAAACUCGCUUUCCAAGCCGCAGACGCCUUUGCGCCAAUGACCAACGGCUACAAGAAAAACGACAACAGCACGUCUGAACUGGAGCUAACGGAAGAGUCCAACAUCGCCAACAGCACGGGGGAUGUUUCCGUCGACAACAACAACGUCCACACGAAACUCCAGAACGGACACGUUCACUCAGAAGAGGCUUUAGACACGGAAUAUUCCGAGCCGUAUCCGGAAAUUCUUUCGGCGCCUGCGUUAGAACAUAGUUUAGAAGCGGUGACGAUACACUUGAACGGGUCUGGCCCUCCAAGGGAGACCAGUCUCAACCACGAUCGUACAAGCAGUUCCAGCCUGCCUAACCUAGCAGACGUUCAGUGCUAUGUUAUCGGCAAUGAAAUAAUUUCAAGAUUAUAAGUUCUUUCACGUAUAACGCUAUGGUCAUAAUUUUUACUUAGAAAAACUCAGUAAAACUGUUGUGGGAAAAUCUUUUUUUUUAUGAUAAAAUGGUCUUUGUUUCGAACAAAUUUGGAGUACAUUAUCAAAUCAAAACAAGUCUUCCUUCGCCUACAUCAUUCCAAAACUUUUUCACGGGAGAAAACAAAUCAAAACUUCGUCAAAGGAGAGCAGUGUAACUUCCGGCUCUAUCAAACAAUGUUGUGCAAGCAGCUGGACACUACUACACACUACACACUAGGCGUGUGUGAGAAGAACGACACAAAUUUUGAAGCAUUAUCUGUUUUGCUUUUUCAUGUCGGCUGUCAUU